UUUAAAAUUCAAUUCUUUAAAAAUCAGUUUAAAGUAUUAUGAAAUUCCAAGUAUGGAACGCUUGAAUAAAUUGAAAAAAAUGCCUAUAACCUUCGCGCAAGUGCAAGCAAUAAAUUGGCAAAGUUUUAUCGUAAUCGAAUGAACGGUACAGCCGCUCAUAAAAUACAAACAAACAAAAGUUUAUUUUUAUAUAUUAAAUAUAAUAAUUGUACUGAAGCGGUAAGAGACGCGUGAGGAUAGAACCUGGGACUUUUUGGUUAGCAGUCCAGUAACGAUACGAUUUUGCCAAAACAGCUGUUCGGGCAGAAGCGCUGUUACUGGCUUAUAUGCAAUUCACCACAGUACUAUGCCUAUAACGUUCUCGCAAGUACAAGCAAUAAGUUGGCAAAGUUUUAUUGCCAUUGAAUGAACGGUACGACAGCGCAUAACAUACGAUCAAACGAAAAUUUCAUUUGUAUAUAUUAGAUAAUGAUGAAUCUAAUUGUCUUAUAAUAAUUUUUUUUUUCUUUGCGUAAAUGUUUGCUUGGAAUUUCAUAUUAUAUAGGGUCAUUCUCUGUUGCGUUUAAAAUUUAAACUCUUUGCCUACAAAUUUACUUCAAAUACCUGAAGGCCAUCCAUCUCUUCUCAAAUAAAAUUACCUGGAUCACUUAAAAUUCAAUUAUAAUGUGUUACUUUUAUGAUUGAAACAUUAGUCAUUGGGAUAGAUUGAUAAGAAUGUUCGAAGACGUUUUGACAGCAUCAACAUCACGAAAUCCAGCAGGAAAUGGUCCUCAUUCGAAAUGCAUUAGUAUUCUUACUUUGUUUAAUUUAUAAUCUGGUUUUUUUUUUUUUCACAAGAAGCAAUCAAGUAUUAUUCCGACAUUCCGCAUUUAUUAGUUCACUUCAACCUUCUACGUCACAUUAUGCAACUCAAACUGGUUUUAAAAGCGAGAUGUAACACUAAAAGUUACACAUUCCUGAUCCCGAACGGCGCUUCUGGAUAUAGAAUUUCGGUUUUAUUCGCCAAUAUAAUCGAAAACAUUGGCUUUGGAUACUUGUAGUCAGCCAGUUGAGAUCUACAAUGUUGAAUGGAGAUUAUUUGAUGACUCGUGCUGACAUCUGUUGAUAAAGAACUUUCCAUCGCAAAACCGAGCGCAAAUAAUUAUACAGGAUGGCUUUAUGUGGUCCUUUAAAAAUGAAACAUCUCUACUUCGCUGUAAAUUUGCUGCUACCUGUUUGUGCUUACGUGCUUGAUAAAAAUCUGGAUUUUCGUUCCAAUAGUCUUGAGGUAAAAGAAUUUCAGAAAUGUUUACAAAGGAACCGCUGCUCUCAGAAUGCUAGUACUGUUUCUGAAGGACUGAUGUGCCAGUGUGACUCGGAGUGUAUGAUGUAUGGCGACUGCUGCAUCGAUGCCGUUCGAUCCUCUUCGAAAAAGACCCAAUCUACAUUGUGCGUCAACAUCGACGACAAUUCUAACCAAGGAAUACAAAUGGUCAACAGCUGUCCCAGCAAUUACGCAGGCGCAGAAGAGAUUCGACGUCUAUGUUUGAAUGAUGACUUCAACGAUAUCGCCAAAUCUGCUCCAGUCACCGAUUUCGUAAAUCGCCAAAUUUACCUUAACAGAUACUGCGCCACCUGUAAUAAUGUCCCACUUAUCUUUGUCAAAGCAUGGACAGUAUCUGCAUGUAUAGUUGAAAAUUCGACACUUAAAAAUUUUUCUUUGACUGAUUUGACUUACUAUCCGACUGAGAAAAAGUGGGGAUAUGAGCUUGACGGACGGUUCCAGCAGUGCAAAUUUAUAUUCGAAAAGCCACUUUCCACGCCAGCAAUUGGUAGAUUGUGCAGAUUGGAUUACAUUUCAUCCUGCCCAAAAAUAUGGACCGGGGACAGGAAGGCUUGCGAAUCCUACAUAUCAGUUGUGAAGGAUUCUAACAACAUUUUGUAUAAAAAUCUCCACUGUGCCAUAUGCAAUGGCGUAAUUUUAAGUGAUAUAAAGUGUCCAACUCGUGCUAGAAGAGAUUUUUCUCCCACUUUAUUGUAUACCCUGUUGGAUAUCAAUAAAGCGUUUGGUGCCAAUAGAAUUUUUCAUCCUAUCUACAAACCUCCCCUUCCGUCAUGUCCUGAUGGGCAAUUAUAUGACCGUUAUUUUAGGAAAUGCAGAACCCCUGUGUGUGCGUGGCGUGGUUAUUCAGUAAGAAAUGGUAAAUGUGUUAAGGACUAAUAAUAUCUUGUGGUACAAAUAGGACACAUUGGUACAUAUCUUGAAUCAUAUCUUGUAUCCGGAUAUUUCUGUUUGUACAUAUGCAGAGAGUAUGAUCAAGAGUUAGUUUUUGUCAAAUGUCGGAGCCAUUAAAUAUUGCUUUUGUUUUAUAUUAAUGAAUUACUCUUAAACCAUGUCUUGUAUCAAGAUUGUAUUCAUGUUUGUAUUUUGUUUUUGUAUUUGUUUUCAUGACACAUU